CGAAGAGUUAAGUUAAUGGUUCAUCACAAACAUUAUCACAAUACAAACUCUUUUGUAUUUUUCCAAUUUUGGUUUUCCACGUAAAUCCUUGUGUCUCUUUUAUUUACUGCUUUGAUUCGUAUUUUCUAAAUGGUUGAUUACGUUUGAUAUAAUAAUUCCAUCCGCAUCGAACAAAUAUUAUUAUAAACUGCUCGGAUUCGCAUGUUAAACAAACGUUUACUACAAAAGUAUAUAUAUAUUUUUCCUAUUUGAAACCGAUUUAGGGUUGAUAAUGGGUAAUCCGUGGGGUUUGGGGCUCCAUCUCAUUUCCAUAAGUAUUUUUUUGUUAGGAACCACAUAUACUUGUUUGGGUGUGGGAAAUAUAAGUGCUGUUUGCACUGAGGAAGAGCGACUUGCUCUUCUCAAGUUCAAACAGAGCGUCCAAGACGACUCUAAAAUGUUGUCAUCAUGGGUUGGAAAUGACUGUUGCAUGUGGGAAAGAGUCCAUUGUGACGAUGAUUCUGGAAAUGUCAAAAGUCUUGAUCUCAGAGGAGAGAAGUAUGAUGGUGAAGACCGCUACUACUUAGUUGGUGCUGAGGUGAACUCGUAUUUGGCACAGUUGAAGCAUCUAACGUACUUGGAUUUGAGUGGGAAUGAUUUUGGAGGAAGCCGGAUCCCAAAAUUCAUUGGAUCCUUGAAGCAACUGAGCUACCUCAAUCUCUCUCAUGCUGGAUUUCAAGGUAUUAUCCCUCAUCAGAUUGGAAAUCUUUCUAAUUUGAAGGUUCUUGAUCUCGGUUAUCGAGAUCUGAUGAUAGACGAACCAUUGGUUGCAGAUGAUGUGGCGUGGACUUUUGGCCUUUCGUCACUCGAGCAUCUCGACUUGAGUUCAGUGAAUCUUGGCGAAGCACAAAACAGGGACAUGCUGCUUUACAUGAUUCCUUCCUUAAAAGAGUUAAGUUUGUUUCGAUGUAGACUUUCCAGUUCUGUUCUUGGUCCUUUUGUUAACUCGAGUAGAAUACUUCCCAACAUCAAACAUCUGGAUCUUGGCUCGAAUUCUUUCGAAGGUCCACUCCCAGGAUUUUUUCAAAACCUUACAUCUCUAGCAUUCCUAGAUCUUUCAGACUAUGAACCAGGUUCCGCAUGGAACUUUGCAAAAUUGCUAAAAAUGAUCCCUUCUUUAUCAGAGCUGCAUUUGUCAAACUGUUGGCUGGAUAACACAUUUCUAUCUUCCUCUCAUUUUAAUUUCUCUACACUAUCCAACAUCCAACACCUGAAUCUUAGGUGGAAUUCAAUCGGAGGAAUAUUUCCAUCUGUUUUAACAAACAUGAGUUCCCUAAGAGUCCUUGACCUUACAGAAAACAUUCUGAAUUCCUGGGUUCCUGUUAUGCCUAACCUUGUUGAGCUUCAUCUUUCUUACAACAUGUUUAAUCGGUUCGAGCAACUUGGAAUCUGGAGACACUGUCACCUGAUACAUUUAGAUGUGGCUGGAAAUGUGAAUGGUAUGGAAAUGAUCGACUCAUCGCACAACGUAUCCGAGUGCUCCCAGUAUGCUUUGGAGAGUUUGGAUUUAGUGGAGAGUUUUCAAAAUGGUACGAUUCCAGAAGCACUUGGAAGAAUGGUGAAUUUAAGGUUCUUAUAUCUAAGUAGGAAUAAUAGAUUGACAGGUCCGAUCCCCAAAUCACUAGGAAGAUUAAGACAUUUAGAUGUAUUAGAUCUAUCUACUAAUGACUUAACUGGUCCGAUUCCGACAUUCCUUGGGAAACUUUCCGUGAUUGACCUUUCUUGGAAUCAAUUGAUGGGUUCAAUUCCAAAAUCCUUUGGGAAUAUAGCAACUUUAAGAGUAAUUAAGCUUUCUAAUAAUCAAUUAAAUGGUUCAAUUCCCGAAUCCUUCAGAAAUUUAGCAGCUUUAAGAGAACUGGAUUUAGCAAACAAUCAGUUAACUGGCCCCAUCCCCGCAUCUCUUGGAAGACUUGUUUCCUUACGAGCAAUGAUGGUCUGGAGAAAUUUGUUAAAUGGGAAUAUUCCAGUUUCAAUUGGGCAACUUGCCAAACUCCAAUCUCUAGACAUCUCUUACAAUUUUCUUGAAGGAGUAGUUUAUGAAGCCCAUUUUGCUAACCUUUCAAUGUUGAAUAACUUCGAUGCUUCUUUUAACAUGAAGUUGACAUUCAAUGUUUCACGUGAGUGGACACCUCCAUUCCAAUUGCAAAGUCUUCAACUUGGUUCAUGUAAUAUAAUAAAUGGAUUUCCGCAAUGGCUUCAAAAUCAAAGGAAAAUUGAGAGUUUAGUCUUAUCCAAUGCCACAAUUUCAGGACCUCUGCCCAUGUGGUUGCAGAAGACGCCCAUCAUUGCUUUCUUAGAUCUCUCUAACAACAAACUCAUUGGACCUUUGACGUAUCUUCCCAACCGUGGAGUUAACCAUUUAUGGCAUGCAACCGGUGGUGGAUUGCUUCUGCAAAAUAAUCUUUUCAAUGGGUCGAUUCCAAGGUCAUUGUGUACUACAAAUUUGCAAUAUCUUGAUCUUUCUAAAAAUAGAUUAACUGGGAAAAUUCCCGACUGUUUUAAGAACUUGAAAAACUUGGUUACGAUGAGAUUUAGCUCAAAUCGGUUGCGUGGUGUGAUUCCAAGUUCAAUAGCUCUUAAUUCUUUGAUCCGGUUAAGACUCAACAGCAACAACUUUAUUGGAGAACUUCCUCAAGAAUUGGGGAAUUUAAGAGAUUUGGAAGUCUUAGAUGUGGGUGACAACAAAUUGUCUGGAGAUAUACCGAUAUGGAUCGGAGAAAAUCUUACAUCUUUAAUGGUUUUGAGGUUGCACAAGAAUAACUUCAGAGGAAGGAUUCCUAGAAGUUUGUGCAACACUUCAAAACUUCAAAUUUUAGAUGUUGCAUACAAUAACUUAACAGGAACCAUCCCUCAUUGCCUAGGGGAGUUGAAUGCCAUGGUUAAGAGUGACCCUGAUUUUCUUAGCCAUCCUGAUCAUGAUGAGAAUCUGAUUCAGGGCAUCAAAGGUGUUGAACUUGAAUUUACAAAAAAUUUAGGUAUUCUUUUUAACAUGGACCUUUCAAGCAAUAAACUCGUGGGAGAAAUACCAGUCGAGCUAACCGCACUUUGUAUGUUGGUGGGUCUCAAUUUGUCCAAUAAUCAUCUUAGUGGGGUAAUUCCAGGCAGCAUUGGGAACUUGACAGCGUUAAAUUCUCUCGAUUUAUCUAGAAACGAGUUGACUGGGAUGAUCCCUCGGAGCAUGGCAGCUUUGACUUUUUUGAGUUAUUUGAAUCUGUCACGCAACAACUUGUGGGGACGAAUUCCAACGGGAAAUCAAUUGCAGACCCUUGAUGAUCCAUCGAUAUAUGUUGGGAACAAAGAUUUAUGUGGACCUCCAUUGCCAAAAAUUUGCUCAAAUCAGGUUGACCCAACAACAAUAACCGAGAAGGAAUACGAAGAAACUGAUCAUGAGCCGAUGAAGAUAUGGUUUUAUGUGGGCAUAAUGUGUGGUUUUGCAACAGGGUUUUGGGGUGUUAUUGGAGUUUUGUUGUUCAAGAAGCAGUGGAGACUGAAGCUGUUCGAGUCUGUGGAGGAAACCAUAGAGAAGAUAUAUGUUGCAGUUGUGGUAAGAAUUGUCAAGUUGAAGAGAGGAAGAGAAACCGCAUAGAUCCUCUCGAGUGUGUUGUCGUAAAAGGAAAUGAGGAAGAAAGUUGAUGCAAGAGAAAGAUUGAAGGUGACAAACAUCUGAAAGUUUAAGGGUAGCACAGCAGCGGAUGUGGAAAUAAUGGGCAAUAUAUAUAACAUAAAUAUAUAGUAUAUUUUUUGUUUUGCAUUGUUUCAAAAGUACAAUAUGUAUUAGAAACGUUUACCAUAAAAAGAUUUCUGUUUGGGCUAAAACAAUUAUUAUAAGAUAUCGAUAUCGAUAAGAUAAAGUGUAUUCCAAAACU